UUUUCUAAAAAGAGGAAAAAUGACCAACCAAACAUUUUUUUUUUGAAAUAUCGGAGUACAAUUAUUCAUCCCGUAGUAGCAUCAAAACUUACAUACUUGGCUGCACAAACUGCGUGUAUAAACCUUGGUGGUGCUCUUUCCGGUCUUCAGAAUGAUAAAGAACGCGUCUGGAUUGGAAAUAAAGGAAUGGAAAUAAUGCUUGCAAACGGCGGAACAGACUCUGGAACAUGGCUCGGAGCGAAAUGCUCAUCUAGUGGGUGCACUUGGACAGACGGAAACACAGUUGGCACACAGGGAAUGAUGUUUGCUCCUGGAGAGCCAAAUCAGCUAAGCUACCCACCUUGCUUAUACAUUUGGGCAAAAAUUGGUGAUACACUGAAACGAUAUCCAUAUGGAAAUGGAUAUAUUGAUGAUACGCGGUGUACUACAGCUAUGAUGUCGUAUGCAUGUGGAAAACCUGGAUUGAGAAAUAAUUAA